CACACGGACGCUUGUCAACAAAAAUGGCGCUGCCCGUCGGAGCUCUCCGGUUGAACCAGCUGGCCGUCAGUCGUAAUUUCUACAAAUUUACUUGUUGUGUUGGCGCCCGGUCGCUGUCUGACAACGUGUCAUCUAAACCCGUCCCGUCCAGCGCCACGGAGGUGGCGGGUGACCAUUUAAUCUACACACGAGACCACUUUGCAUUGCAGGAGUCCCUCAGAAAGAUCGUCGACCAGGAGAUCAACCCCCACGUGGAUCAGUGGGAAGCAGAGGGGACGUUUCCAGCCCACAAAGUUUUCAAGAUCUUAGGAAACGCCGGCUUUCUCGGAGUUAACAAACCAGUUGAGUACGGCGGCUUGGGGCUGGACUUCAGCUACAGCAUAGCCGUCUCCGAGGAGCUGGGCAACAUCCGCUGUGGGGGCGUCCCCAUGGCCAUCGGCGUGCAGACGGACAUGGCCACCCCUGCACUGGCCAGGUUUGGUUCAGCCGAGCUAAAGGAAGAGUUCCUCCUUCCCUCCAUCGCGGGGGACAAAGUGGCCUGCCUCGGAGUCAGUGAAGUCGGAGCCGGCUCUGAUGUCUCAAGUAUCCUGACCAAGGCAGUGAAGAAAGGGGAUGAAUAUGUGAUCAACGGGGGGAAGAUGUGGACCACCAACGGUACCCAGGCCGACUGGAUAUGUCUCCUCGCCAACACAAGCGACGGGCCCCCACACAGGAACAAGUCCCUCAUCUGUUUGCCCAUGAACCUGCCAGGAGUCCACAUCGCCCGAAAGAUUGAGAAACUCGGCAUGUGGUCGUCGGACACGGCCGAAGUGUUCUUCGACGACGUCCGUGUGCCCUGCAAGAACAUCGUGGGCCAGGAAGGCAUGGGCUUCACCUAUCAGAUGCUUCAGUUCCAGGAGGAGCGGCUCUGGGCUGUGGGCAACAUCGUGACCAUGAUGGACAACAUCAUUCAGGAGACCAUCCAGUACACCCGGCAGAGGAAGAUCUUCAAGCUGCCCGUCCUCUACCACCAGUCGGUUAACUUCAGGUUGGCCGAGCUGCAGACGGAGGUGGAGCUGCUCCGCUCCCUCCUCCACCGUGCCACAGCAUUGUACAUUAAAGGCAACGAUGUCACCAAACUGGCAUCCAUGGCCAAGUUAAAGGCCGGCCGUCUGGCCAGGGAGGUGGGCGACAGCUGCCUCCAGUAUUGGGGAGGCAUGGGCUUCACCAGCGACGUGCUUGUCAGCAGAUUCUACAGAGAUUCUAGGUUACUUUCAAUUGGUGGAGGUGCCGAUGAGGUGAUGCUGGCAAUCAUCUGCAAAUACAUGGACACACUACCCAAGAAAUGAAGUCAUAAACAUCUGAUCCAGACUGCCCGAUGCACGCUGCUCCAUAGCAGAUAAUGAGUCAAUUUAUUGCUAAACACAAGUCACCUAAGUGCAGUUAUAUUAUGUGACAAACUAUAUAGCAUUUUAUUGUUUUGUUUUCAGGGGCAUACAACAUCAACAGCCUACAGUUGAAUUGUAUUAGUGUCAUUUUACCAAGACUUAAAUCUUUUUAAAUAGACUCUGCAGUGUCUGUAAAAAUUAUAUAUUUUUAAUUUCCACAUUGCAUGUCAUUGACUAAUUUAUAGAAGUUUUAAUAUUUGCAAUGUAUUCUCUGUAUGUGUAAUCAGCACACUCAUUCUGUUAAAUUCAGAUCAUAGAAUGUGUUUAUUUACAUAAAAAAAACAUGUUAACAGAAAUGAAA